CGCCGACGCGCGGUAGUGGAGACGCUUGGAGGUUCCGGAGGCUGAGGCGGUUUCUUUCUGAGUUUCUUCCUGGCCUCAGGUCCCGGGCUGACGUUGGGCCCGACUUUAGCGGCUGGUGUUGCUGAAGAACCCUGAUUCCCGGCGGGGAGCUCCCGGAAUUCUCACGCUUUGGAAGAGGGUGGUGGAAGAAAAGUCGCAGCUGAGACACGCCGAAGAGACCCUAGAACUUUUUCAAACAAAAAUGGAGAAAAAUAUGAAGCUUGCUACAGUGGAAGACACUGUGGAGUACCGCCUGUUCCUGUUACCAGAUGAACCAACGGACCCAGAAAAACAUAAAGAAAUUCUUCAGAAGUAUAUUGAGAGAAUAAUGACUCAGUUUGCUCCUCUGCUGGUUUCCUAUAUUUGGCAGAAUCAGCCUUUCAAUCUCAAAUACAUACCUGGGAAAGGAGGUGUUCCUGCUCAUAUGUUUGGCAUGACAGAGUUUGGGGAUAACACUGAGGAUGAAUGGUUUAUUGUUUACCUAAUAAAACAGAUUACAAAGGAAUUUCCAGACUUGGUAGCAAGGAUUGAAGACAAUGAUGGUGAAUUCUUGUUAAUAGAAGCUGCCGACUUUCUUCCUAAAUGGUUGGAUCCCGAUAAUAGUGUCAAUAGGGUGUUUUUCCACCAUGGAGAGUUGUGCAUUAUUCCAGUACCAAGGAAACCAGCAGCAGUGUCCUGGUUACCCACCACACCCCCAACAGUCCCACAAGCAUUGAAUAUAAUCUCAGCACACCCAGAAAAAAUUUUGGCUUCAGAAUCUGUUCGAGCUGCUGUGAAUAGGCGCAUCAGCGGGUACCCAGAAAAAGUCCAAGCCUCCCUUCAUCGAGCACACUGCUUCCUCCCAGCUGGCGCUGUAGCAGUUCUGAGGCAGCACCCCAGGUUGGUGGCUGCAGCAGUCCAGGCAUUUUACCUACGGGACCCCACUGACCUGCGGGCCUGUCGCAUUUUCAAAACAUUCUUGCCUGAAACACGCAUCAUGACAUCGGUCACUUUCACUAAGUGUCUGUAUGCACAGUUGGUGCAACAAAGGUUUGUGCCAGAUCGGAGGAGUGGAUACAGGCUGCCUCCUCCAUCUCAUCCCCAAUACCGAGCCCAUGAGUUGGGCAUGAAGUUGGCUCAUGGAUUUGAGAUCUUAUGUUCCAAAUAUAGCCCACAUUUUUCUGACUCCAAAAAAUCCCUCGUGACUACCUCACCACUCUGGGCCGGAUUCCUUGACAGUCUGAAAAAGAAAGAUUUCUUUAAGGGAAUGAUAGAAGGUUCUGCUCAGUACCAGGAAAGACUAGAAAUGGCAAAGAACUACUUCCAACUCUCAGUAAACCGGCCAGAAAGCUUUCUUGCUAUGAGCCCAGGUGAAGAAAUCUUAACCUUAUUACAGACAAUACCAUUUGAUGUGGAAGAGCUUAAGAAACAAGAAGCUACUCUUCCCCCAGAGGAUGAUGACCACUGGUUAGAUCUCUCACCAGAUCAGCUGGAUCAACUACUGCAGGAAGCUGCUGGCAAAAAAGAAUCAGAGCCCAUUCCCAAGGAGGAGGAGCUGAAUUACAACUUAACUCAAGUCUCAGAGAGCAUGAAAGCUUUCAUAUCCAAAGUUUCAACCCAUAAGGGAGCAGAACUUCCCCAUGUUCCUUCAGAGGCUCCAAUCACAUUUGAUGCAGAUUCUUUUCUUAAUUAUUUUGAUAAGAUUUUAGGGCCAAGGCCUCAUGAGUCAGACUGUGAUGAUCUGGAGGAAGAAGACUUUGAAUGUUUAGACAGUGAUGAUGACUUGGACCUCGAAACACAGGAUCCUGGAGAAAAGGCUUCUUUGAAAGGAACUCUCAAUAAUCUGAAAUCAUACAUGGCCCAGAUGGACCAGGAACUGGCACACACCAGCAUUGGCAAAAGUUUCACCACCCGGAAGCAAGUGGAACCUCUGUUCCAAACUACCAGUAUUAGUUCAGAUGAGGAAGAUUCUGGUACACGAGAAUCUGUUAUGACACCUGUGGAUGUAGACCUGAACCUGGUUUCAAAUAUAUUGGAAUCCUAUAGCUCCCAAGCUGGACUGGCAGGACCUGCUUCCAACCUUUUACGAAGCAUGGGAGUGCAGCUGCCUCACAACACUGAUCAUGGAACCACACGUAAGCCAACAAAAGAUUAACCAGCACACCCACUUUCUCUUUUUUCUUAAAUAUUGCCUGAUUGUGUUAGUUUCUAUCUUACUCAUUUAGUAAAAAUGUUUUUUCAUUACAAGUUUUUCAAGUGGACUUCUCCGUUGAGUACUAAAUGUUGCCAUUUGUGCACACAUCUUUGUAAUCUCAACUCUGGGCCACACACAAGGUUCUAAAGUCAGCAGAAUAAAGAGAAUCAAGGCCCUGAACAGCCCCGAGAUGAGAUGUCCCUGUUACAGACACCCUACUGUCAUGCACCCUCAGUAUAAUUAUAAGUAUUUAAUUUUAACCCUUAGUUACAUUCAUCCUCAGGUCAGUAUUCCAAGUUGGUAAAUUUGGGUUUGAUACCUCAUUCACUUUUUAUAAUUUUUUAAAUGAAGUAUAACAUUCAUUUAGUAAAGUGCAUAAAUCUAAAGUGUACAGUCCAUGAAUUUUUGCAUGUAUGCAACUGUGUAACCUCCACCUAAAUCAAGAUAUAGAAUUGGUUUCCUUUUUUUAUAACAGCUUUAUUGAGAUGUAAUUCUGUUAAGAUUUAUCAUUUUCAAGUAUACAAUUCAGUGGUUUUUAGUAAAGUCACAAGUUGUGCCACCAUUGCCACUAAUUCCAGAACAUUUUCAUCACCUGAAAAAGAAACCCCAUAUGCAUUAGCAGUCACUCCCCAUUUCCUAUAAUCCUGUAUUCCAUGAAGACCACUACUUUUUUCUGUCUCUAUGGAUUUGCCUAUUCCAGACAUUUUAUCUAAAUGGAAUCAUACAUUAUGUGCUGGCUUCUUUCACUUAGCAUAAUGUUUUCGAGGUUCUUCCACAUUUUAGUAUCUAUCAACACUUCCUUCCUUCCUUUUUAUGGCUAAAUACCAUUCUGUUCUAUGGAUAUAUCGUAUUUUGUUUAUCUGUUCAUCUCUUGAUGGACAUUUGGUUUGUUUCCACUUUUUGGCUGUCUGGAAUAUUGCUGCUAUGGACAUGCAUAUUCAGGUUUUUACAUGGACAUAUGUUUUCAGUUCUCUUGGGUAUAUACCUAGGAGUGGAAAUGCUGGGACAUAUAACUAACUUUUUAUCAGGUACAAUAAUUCAAGUGGAAUUUGAAUCUCUGUCACAAAAUAAUUUCUGCCAUUAAUUCUCUAUUCCAUUAUAUACAGAAUGUAAAUCACAUUUGUGGCUUCUGUAUUUAAUUGUAGGUAGGAAGAAGUAGGAUAGUAGAUUACGAACAUAGGACUGGGGGUAUUUGUGGGAUCUUCUGGUGCCCAGCCUUUUAUCUGAACCCCUCAUCUUUUCCUCUAAUUACAGUUUAGAUUUCUCCUUCAAUGACUACUUUUAAAUGGCUUCUAGAAAUCAACAAACUUUGAUUUAUUUGUAUUAUAGUUUGUAUUACUCUGUAUUAUAGUUAUUUGUGCCCUUGAAUUAUCUGCCCAACUUGAUUAUAAACUCCUUAACUUCAGGUAUUUAUUCAUCUCUCAUAGAGAUCUAUUACUAUACUUGGAAUACACUAGGGACUCAAACAUCUGUCAGGUGAUCCACUAUCAGGAAGGCCAUGGUUACUAUGUGUGACAUAAAAAGUAAUAGGCAUAACAACUCUGUGAAUAUACUAAAAACCACUCAGUUGUAUCUUUGAAAGGGUGAAUUUUAUGGUAUGUAAAUUAUCUCUCUAUAAAACUUAUUUUUAAAAAUACAGGCUUAGUAAAAAUAAUGAAGUACUCUUAGAAGUUAUAAUUUUUCU